AUGGCAGCCAACAGCACUUUAACGUCACCAGUUAAAAAUGAUGUUUGCGCAAAUCCAGGGUGUUGCGGAUUAGACUGCUCUUACCAGGGACUUUACGAACUAAUUAAUGGCAUAGAUGUAUCAGACCCCAAAACGCUUAGGGAUGCUCUUGCUAGUCUCUUCGCACCAACCCUAGACAAGCAAGUCACUUCAGAAGACGAAGUUAACAGACUCACUGAUGCAUGGCAAGUGUCCUCGGCAAACUCGGCAAUCUUCAGAGGUAAAGCUCAAUGCGUCAAAGAAUUCAUGUUGGCUUGGAUAUGUGACAAGUAUGAUACAUGUACCUCAGUUGAGCCGCUGAAGACAUUGCUCGAUAGACUUCCUGGUCUUUUUGCAAACAUUUUACUCGAUGAUACUGUCACAGCAUGGACUGUCAAGAAAGCACUUCAAGAGGCAAUGAAAAUGGAUGUCUCGAUUGCAAAAAGUUUGACUGAUUCGGCAGCAGAAGUUGUGAGGUUGAGCGACGUCGAUUUCCUUUAUGAUGUUGGUAAAUGCUAG